UGCGAUUCCACGAAGACUAACACAUGUCUUUAUAGUCAAGGGUGCACGUUUUCGGUAUAUACACCGGUCUCUUGCGAUUAUGGAGAGCUGCAGCACGAUGCUGGUCCUUUUAUGUGUCUCUAUGUUGCUUACAGUUUGUCACAGUCAGUCUUCUAGGGAGUUAUCUGCUGAAGAUUUUCCAAAUAAAAAAACACCUUCUUCGGCGGAGAAAGAUCUGGUAGAAACAAUGGAAGAGUUAUUGGGUAAAUUUCAGAGCCGAUUACCAUCAUAUGAGAAAAAGGGAGGAACCAUACCUUUGUGUGAUGUUGGAGACCGCUGUGCUGUGAAGUUGGGACCAAGAAUUGGAAAACUUUGUAACUGUGCCAGGGGAAGCUCCUGCAAUUCAUUUCUUCUGAAAUGCAUUUAAAUGUCCACCUACCUUCCUAAAUAAAAAUGGCUAAAUUGUACUGCUGAGAUAGAAGCAAGAGAAAGAAAUAUCUUCUUUUAAAAUUAAUUCACAGAACUAAUUUUCCAUCACCUUCAGCUUCACUGUUGUUUCAGUACAUGCAGUAAUAAAAAUUUAAAUUAGCAUUUAUGAAGUAUUUAUAGUAAAUCAUCUUAAGGAAAUGUGUGACUUGUGAAAAAUGAUUUUUGAAAUCCUGACUCUGUUUAAAUAUCUUCUUUUGUUAGGGAGCUAUAAUGGCUGACAAUGUAAUAUGGGGAUUAUUACCUAUUUUAUAUGUAUUAAAGUAAACAUACAUGUUUGGUAUUUAAUUAAAUGAAGCAGAUGACAAAUAAAUACAAUAUGUUCUUCAAUAUUGUUCUUUAUGUUAUUGGUUAAUCCUUUGCAGGUCUUUAAAUUAUUCAGUCUUGUGACACACACAAAGACAACAUGGAAAGAGUUUAUUAUUCUAUUCAGUGACAGCAAUUUAAAAGAAGGAAUAAGCAUAAAAUCUGUUCAGUUUCACAUUAUAUAGCAGUUUCAUACAAGAGGCACCUUGCAUUUGUUCCUAAGCAUAUGUGAUUUUUGUUUAUUCCCAAAUUCAUGGUUCCUGCAGC